AUGAAUGAGUGUGGACUGGUGCUGUUUGGCUUAUGCAGUCUGAUUAUGGACGUGUUUAAGAUUGCUAACUACGUAGGCUACCUGCACUGUGACUCUGCUGUGAAGAUAGUGUUCCCUGUCCUACAAGCUGUGUUCAUACUUGUCCAGACAUACUUCCUCUGGCUCCACGCUAAAGACUGUGUACAGCUACAACGGAACAUGACUCGCUGUGGGCUGAUGUUGACUCUGUCUACCAAUCUGAUGUUGUGGAUGGCAGCCGUCACAGAGGAGUCCCUACACCAGACUGUUGUUCCACCAGAGGACGCAACAGCACACUCCUAUGACAUCAGAGAGAAGGCCUAUUACUACCUGUACCCCUUCAACAUCGAGUACAGCCUGUUUGCCUCGGCCAUGGCCUACGUCAUGUGGAAGAACGUGGGCCGCCUGGUAGAUGAGCACAACCACCACUCGCUCCAUUUCCGCUUGAAGGACGUGCUGGUGGGGCCUGCGGUCGGGCUGUCAUGCUGGGGGCGGCCUGGAACCUUCGUCAUCUACGAGGUGGACGUGGAGAAGGGGGACCCGGGGAAACGUGACACGGCGCUGAUGAUACACUACGUGAUGAACACGGUGGCUGUGACGCUCAUGUCCGUCUCGACCGUGGCUGGUUGCGCCAUCUACCGGUGGACCAGAGGCCACGUGUCGGGGAAGAACCCCACACAGCUGGAUGUAGGCUUGCUGAUCGGCGCCUCAAUCGGACAGUUCACCAUCUGUUAUUUCACCAUCGUGGCUGUGGUGGCAACGGGGCCGAGGGCCACCUCAACGCUCUCAACCUGGCUGUCUCCCUGCUCACUGUGGCCUGCAUCGCGAGCCUUCCACGAAGACAUGCACCAGGCCUCUGUAUUCACAAACCCAUACGUCCUUCAAGCCCAAGCCCAUAGAGACAUACACAACCUACCAGGGACAUUCAUGGAGACCAAGACGUCCCCGGCCCUCACAGUUCACAGUAUGCAUGUUGCUCCUUCUGCUCCUUCUGGUUCCCCCCUGCCUCAACGCCAUAGGCUGACCUGGAAGAGGAGGGCCCUGAAGGAGAUCUGUGCAUUUCUGCUGCUCUGCAACAUCCUUCUCUGGAUCAUGCCGGCGUUUGGCGCCCGCCCUCAGUUUGACAACACGAUUGGAGCAGAGUUUUACGAGUUCACCAUGUGGGUGGCUGUUGUGAAUAUCGGACUCCCCUUCGGAAUCUUUUACCGUAUGCACUCAGUCGCCAGCCUCUUUGAGGUCUUCCUAACCUCCUAAGCUGGAAAAUUACAGAAACCAUUCUGAACAAUUUUUUGUAUAAUAUUAUUUAUUAAAUAUGAUUAAAAAAUAUAU